AUGUGGUGCGUCGCUCGCAAGCUCCGCAAUCAAUUGAUGCGGGCACUGCAUGGGAAUACGAUGCACCCAGCAAAAAGGAGGACGACAGAAAAGAAAGGUGUGGAUAAUGCAGCUUGCUCAAGCACUUACCCAAGCACGAAACCUCAGACUUCGAUCCCAACACCUUGGAAGAAGCAGAAAAAUGAAAAUGAAGCUAAUGUUACACAGUGUGCUUUGUCGACGUCAGAACACAACCCGGCGCACAACCAGUCCGCAGAAGAAGUCAUUGACUUGGAUUUGCUGGCACAAGCUCGGAUCGGAUGCGACGUUACCAAAGUGCCCGGUGACGGAUGGUGCUUCUUUCACGCCGUAAGUCGGCACUGCAGCAAUUGGAAAACGUGGUCGAUAACGCAAGCUGCGGAAUUAUACCUGCAGGCGUUGGAGUGGUUGUGCAAUCAGAAAUAUGGUCCAAAGGCAGAAGAAGUUCAGCUUGCGUGCGUGCCCUUUGAUGAUCGAGAACUGGAAUUGCAUAAGCAGUAUCUUCUGCGUGCGCACAAAUCCAACCUGAGAACAGCAGAUCUCACGAAUUCGGAGAUUGUGCUUUUGAGUAAACUAAUUGCAGUGCUACAGAAACCGCGUGCCUUGGACUCCAUCCACCAUGGGUCUUUCGUCGAACUGUGGGCGCUCGCAGAGACAUUUGAUUUUGACUGCUUGAUUUGGAGUCAGGACGUGGACCAGAACCUGUGGGUGCGAGACCAAGCAAUUGUUAGCGACCAAGAAGCCCAUGCAAGACUACAAGAACAUCCACAAGUGUUAGAACUUCUGCACCGCCAAAUCGGCGUCACCGGCCAUUACGACAUAGUGGACAGAUCUGCGUCGCUGCGGCCGCCGUUUCCGGACACCGCCUGGACACUGGAGUGGAAACGUGCCGGAGCUGACGCCGUCUUGCAGCGGGCAGCGGACACUCUAGAGACGCCUCUGCCACCCUUGCCGCCGCCGUGCGAGCCGCCGCAAAGUUCGCCGCAAGAGCAUCGCUCACGCAGAGGAAGCACGGCGGAGCUCGACGGUGAGAUCGACAGGCCUACCACACACGGCGUGUGCCAGGGCUCUGCCCGACCAGCGCGACGUCGCCGGACCGGCGUGCGCAUCGCGCAGCACUUGCAGCCAAGUUGUGCGGAACAUAGCUCCUGCAAGCACGAGGAGUUUGUGAGCUGUGACGGAGCCAUCGAACAGGAAGACAAUGUGGCCCCGCAUCCAGCGACAGCAGCCGCAGCCACUGACGCACAGCUAAUCACAGAUACAAGAUCCACCAUGCAGACGGGGGCAGACGAUGUCUGGCCACAGUCCACCGCAGUGGAAGAAUCCGAAGGAACGGCCACAGACGUGGACUUGGACAGCGUGCUGUCGUGGGACUCCGAAACUAGUGAAAGGUCCAAUGACGCAGACUUAGAAGCGGUCGUCGAACCACAUAAAAGCUGGGUGACGAUAGAGGACCGCGCAAUAGACAGCGCCAAGCACUUGGCUACGCACUUCCGGUUGCACCCUUUGUUGCCAUGUGUGCUGAGUGACAAAGACUUGCAAACAUUAGGUUCAAACUCUGGAUUAGUGUAUCCCGCAGUGCAUUGUGCAUUCGACGGCUGCCAGUGUGCUUCUGAUGCGCAACCAUGUCAUCCCCACUGGUCAAAAGAAAAGGUGUGGCGCAUAGAAGGCACUGCUUGGUCAUACUCAGCCAGAGCCUGCUGCGGCAAUGCUGCCACGUGCUUGUGGGCGCACCUGAAAGAAAACCAUCACACAGUCUUCGAAGAGGCAGCGCAUCGCGCAGCCGGAGGCUCGGCCGAGCUCGCAAUUCCCAGCCAAUACGUGAAUGCCUUGUUGCAGAAAGAAGAUCAACAAGUGCCACAGGUCGGUUGGAGUGUGGAUCGUCGAACCCUGCGACGACUGCAGAAAGAAUUGCAGGAGACGUCGUGCGAAGCCUUGAUAUGUGCAUGUUGUGCAGGCAUCCAUGCCGGAGGUGAUGCUGGGGACAUUGCCUAUUUGUCCGCCGCGGAGUUGUUCGGCUCCCUGUCUCUAGAAAGCUUCACCUGCAACUGGAAUUUGGAUACAUAUAUGAAGCAGUACGCCGCCAGUGCUUGCGUCCGUGACCGCUUUGACGCACAUGAAUGGUCACGCCUUUUGCCUGCCUCUCUACACAAUGGCCAAAAGAUUGUGUGUUGCCCAGAAGACUUGCGCUGCACAGCUUGUGAUGUAGGUAAUGGGCAGCUUUGCGAAACAUGUGAGCUUCCUAUCUGUCACCAAUGCCUGGUGCAGAUGUUCGACCAACGUGUUCUUGCAGUUCCACAAGCUCUAGCCAAUGACAACUGGUACGGCUACCCCACAGAGUUGUUAUACAAACACAAAGUGCGGUGGAUAGAAGCAGCCGCCGCUAGCCCACUGUGGACGUCCGUCGUCACUUACUAUGUCGAAGCAGACAGAGGGCACCUGGUGGAAGAAACCCUCCACCGCGCGGAGCAUCGAACUGCCGUUCGAGGUAAUGUUUCUUCGUUUAGCUUACCUUGGGAAGAAGUCUUGGCAGCGUUCGCUCCAGAAGCAAACACUCGCAUGCCGUGGACAAAGUUGCCGCACGAGCCCAAAGUCAUGCAACAAUUCGUCAAGAUUACUGUGAAAGGCAUGCUUCACAAUGAGGCGAUAGAGUGGGUGGCCGGCGCACGGAUCCGACCCUGGGUGGUCGUUGCAUUGUUGCAGCAUUUGAUCGACUUGCAGCAUCCAAUGUGUGACAAUCACAUCUCCCCGGAGAAAGCAAAAGAAGAAGUGAAACAACGUGUCACACAGAUAUAUGGCACGGAAGAGACAAUGCCGCUCGGGGAAGCCAUUCCCGAAGACGUGCCUGUGGCCGCGCCACUCUCGUCGGCCCAAGCAAGUCCGAAAGCGCGACCCACCCAGUCUUCGCGCUCGCGUCCGGCAGCGCCAAAGCAAAGCCCACCAGCAAGUGCGCGGCACAGUGGCCAAGCUUCAAAGCCCGUUGCAGCGGCGCGUCCCGACGCAAAGCUGUCAAAGGUAGCCGUAGACACUGCAAGUGGCGACCUUGCACGCACCCCAGUCUCCAGCACACCAACCAAGCUCUCAGUUGUGGCCUCCGACAACGCCCAGAGCAUCGCUCGGGGCGCGUCGAUUGUUGUCGCAGCCGACGACACCCCGUGCAUUGCCGUCGUCGAGGUCGAGGGGUCAGAGAAAACGAACAGUCAAACUCGGACGACAACCGUCGAAAAAUACGUCCCACCGGUCGUGUCCGUUGCAGCGGUAGGCACUGCAAAAACCUUGUCCGCAAGCAUGCACUCGCCAACCAGCCGAGAUGCGCCGCCGCAGAAGCAUGCGACGCCAGAAACGGCGGCGGCCGCAGCGCUGGAUGGCAGCACGGUCUUCGGAAAGCGGACCUGCCCAGAAAUAUGGGAAUCCGCCAAUGCAACCAUGUUCGUCCCCCCCUAUGAUACCAGACGGCAACUGACAGCCAGAGACCCGUGGGCCGUAGUUCUCAGCUUCCAAACCAUUGUUCGUUGCAUUUUCGCAAAGCUGCUCGGCAUUCGCAUGUGCUUUCGUUGUCCCGCCUGUGACUGCCGGGAUGCCAGCGGGAACGGCUGCCAUGUCACCGGGGGGUUGUUCGGCCUCGUGCGCGGCCUCUGUGGCGCCAUCGAAUAUCAAACAAAUUCGACUCCGCACUUUCACUGCAACGUCUACAGUGCAUCCAUUUGGCAGCAACCGCUCCACGAACUGGCGGAGAAAUUGAACAACCGAACUAUCGAGUUCGACGACGUGAAACACUUUCUCACAUGGAUACAUCCAGAAACUCAUCCUGACUACAAUUUCCACAAUGCACAGCAAGCAGAACUAGAAGCCGCCUGGAACGAGCACAACAGCCACGAAAAGCAAGAUUUUCUUUGCCAUUGGCCAAACUUCAUCCAAACAGAUGACGCAAAGAGCCCUUGGUUGGAUGACAUGGCGGCUACCCGAGCAGUGCAAGAAGCCCAAACAUUCAUCGAGACCUACCGCCGUGUCGCACAAAGCAAAGUGAGCCAUCAGCAGAUACAUUGGCAUCCUUAUAGCAUUGUGCAAAAGUGUCGGUUACCGAUCAGUGCAGGGAUGCGAGCGGGUGGAGACGAAGGGGAGGAGGAGGGACAGGGAGUGGAGGAGGCUGGGACGGGAGCAGGGGUGGUCGUUGUGGUGAAGGGGAGGUUGGGACGUGGCACCUUGGCCGUGACGUGGGCUCUGGCAGCUAUCCUGACGUGGCGCAGGGUUUUGGUGGUGGCGCAGGGUUUGGGGUGCGGCCAGUCCCAACGCUCUGGCUGCUAUCCUGACGUGGCGCAGGGUUUUGGUGGUGGCGCAGGGUUUGGGGCACAGGGUUUGAGGUUGGGACGUGGCACCUUGGCCGUGACGUGGGCUCUGGCUGCUAUCCUGACGUGGCGCAGGGUUUUGGUGGUGGCGCAGGGUUUGGGGGUUUUGGUGGUGGCGCAGGGUUUGGGGUGCGGCCAGUCCUAUCGCUCUGGCUGCUAUCCUGACCUGGCACAGGCACAGGGUUUGAGGUUGGGACGUGGCACCUUGGCCGUGAUGUGGGCUCUGGCUGCUAUCCUGACGUGGCGCAGGGUUUUGGUGGUGGCGCAGGGGUUUUGGUGGCGGCGCAAGGUUUGGGGUGCGGCGCCCUUGGCCCCUGACGCUGGCACAGGGUUUGAGGUUGGGACGUGGCACCUUGGCCGUGACGUGGGCUCUGGCUGCUAUCCUGACGUGGCGCAGGGGUUUGGCGGUGGCGCAGGGUUUGGGGCCAAAGAGUUGUGGGAUCGGGAGAGAGUGCUCCUCCAAGACCGGCUCCGUGCCUCCGAAGCUGCCUUGGCAGCGACCGGGCGCUCUUCAUUGGAGCGGACCGAAGAGACCGAGGCCGUGCUUCAACGACAGCUUUCAGUUUUGCGACAAAGUGAGCAGAGCUUUGGGCUCAAGGAUGUUUGUUUCACGUCAGGCACUGUCACUGAGCUAAAUGUGAAGAUGGCAGACCUGAGGACCUCCAACAAGACCUGCGGUCAUGCCAAGUGCAGCGAGACAACGCUGCAGGUCUUGAGCAAGCAAGCGACCAGCGAGGCAGAGGUGGUGGCGUUUCUGCGCCAGGAGUAUAGUGAGCAGCGACAGGCGCUCUUGGGCGAAGCGAGUGCAGAGGCUUUUGGCUGA